AUGGCAAGAAAGAACAAGGCUAUGAUCGCACAUACGGAACCAACCAAGGUUACCAAUCUGACUCCAAAACCGGUGAGACCAGUUGCCGGACCUUCAACGAAAAUGUUCGAUGACCUGGAUUCGUUCGAGCAGUUUCUGAAGGAUGAAAGUUGGGAUGACGAGUACGAUUUCUUGCAUGCCAAGUGCGCUUACAUCCCACCUUUUGUUCUCAGUGAGAUCCAUAACGAUAUGGAAAAGAUCAAGCCCACCAUGAAUUCAAGGUCGAAAAAAUUUGUACGUAAUCUCCAUCAUCACCUUGAACGUCAUUUGCUCUCCGAGAUCAACCGUAUGAGUGGUGUGGACUACAAGUUUGAGAAGUCACAUGAAACUAAGCCCGAUGGCAAAGUAGUCUGGCACUACAGGGACUACUCAGACCAUGGCUUUGGCGAGAAAGAAGGAGAGAGAAAGUGGAAGGUGGAAGUUGAUGUUGAGUGCAAUCCUGACUCCCCAUACGUGAGUCUGGAAAUGAAGUCAAUCCCGCUGUAG